AGUGAAGAGUAAAAACAACUCAAGCAACCCGAGGAUACAGCAAAACUUCAUGGAGGAAGCAGGCACACACUAAUAUGGAUAAAAUACUGGAUAUCUCACUAUACAAAGUUCAGCUGCGGAUGACUCCGAGAAGCAGGUCCAACAGUCGAGGCAGAAUGAAGAGGAAAUAUUCAGGCGAGAAUUUCGAACAUAGGAGAUGAGUGAAAGACUGAAAGAACUGAUUUUUAACUAUUCCAGGUUUGAACUUUCUCCUACUGACUCUCUUUUGUUAAAUAAAGGGUUAACGUACAUUCCCUCUCAAAUCAGCAAUUUAAGUGAAGUAUUAAUGGAUCUAAGACUCUUUGCACGUACUUUAUCUUUGAAGCUACUCUAUGCUGCCAAUGUUAAAGAUCAUGUUAAUGAUAAUGUCACUUAUAGUUUUAGAAGAAAGAGUAAUUUUAUACCUGUGCUACCCUCUAAUGUCGAGUGUUUUGUGAAGGUGUGUGAAAGUGAAUUUUAUACAUAUUUUCUAGGACAUGAAUAUAAAUCUAUGUAUCAUAACAUCAGUAAAAAUGAAUGGGAUUCUAUACAUACCCUCAGUGAUAAUGCUGAACUUAUGAUAAAACCAGCAGAUAAGGCGGGGGGGGGGUAGUAUUGCUUAAUACUGAAGAUUAUAUAAACACAAUGAAUGAAAUGUUGGAUGAUACUGAGACCUACAUGGCAAUUAAUUAUGAUAAAUUGGAGAAAGUAAUAAAUGAAGUACAUAAUGAUUUAUAUGAUUUUCUUAUGUGCAGACAGAUAGAUCAUGAACUAUAUCUGUAUUUCCUGAUAGAACAUCCGCACAUACCCUAUAUAAAGGGCCUACCCAAAAUACACAAAAAUACCUUUCCGUUACCAAUGCGACUGAUAGUAGUAGGCAACGGAUGGGUUACAGAAACAAUUUCUUUGUUUUUGGAAAAGAAAUUGAGCCCUUUGAUCCAGGGGAUACCAUCCAUAUUAAAGGACACCUGUCAACUUUUGGACACAUUGAAUAAUUCAUUUAGUAAUGGUCUACCAGAUACAUGUGUGUUAGUGACAUUAGAUGUUAAGAAUUUAUUUACUUCCAUUCCGAACAACUAUGGCCUGGAAGCUAUUAGGCAAACCUUAAAUGAUAGUAUAAAUUUUACCACUGAUGAACAAAUAUUAUUUAGUGCUCUGCUAGAUAUGGUUUUGUCUAACAAUGUAUUUACUUUUGAUAACAGACUUUAUUUGCAGAGAUGGGGGGUAGCUAUGGGGACCCCCUGUGCAAAUACCUAUGCCAAUUUAGUUGUACAUCACUGGGAAAAAUCUUUCCUUUUUAAUAGUUUACAUUUUACUAAGAUACUUCUAUAUAAAAGGUUUGUAGAUGAUAUUUUACUGUUUUGGAAUGGGACCCCAGAUGAAUUAACUAUAUUCAUUCAGUAUUUAGAAUCUACCACUGAGUUUUUUAGAUUCACUAUGGAAUAUUCCUAUGUUAACAUUAAUUUUUUAGACAUUACCAUCAUAAAAGAUGCUCGGGUUUUUUUAAGUACAUCCCUAUAUAGAAAAUCCUGUUGGAAAAACACUUUACUUCAUUUCAAUAGCAUGCACCUGAGAUUUAUUUUUCGGAACAUUAUUAAAAGUCAGUUUACUAGGCUUACUAGGUUAUGCCAAGAUCCUUUGAAGUUACAUGAACAAGGAGAUUUAUUGGAAGAUUUAUUUUUAGAAAGGGGUUAUAACCCUGAGAUGGUUCGAGCCAGUAAGAAUUCAAUAUUAAAUGAUACAUUAGAGGCUAGUCAAUUCAAUUUUAGACGUUAUAAAAGAUUUCAUAGAGCCACUAAUGAAUCCAAGGUGACCUUUAUUACUAGAUUUAUUAGUGAUAAUAAAGCUAUAGUUAAGGUUAUAUCUGCCAAUUGGCAUAUACUUACGAUUGAUACAGAUAUAAAGAAAAUAACAGGAAUUAGACUUAUUUUCACCUAUAAGAAUAGUAAGAACUUAAAAAGGUUACUUUGUAUUGAAAGUAACCAUCCAGAAGUUAGGCCUCCUAGAUCCCUGAAUAAGUUGGGCACAUAUCCUUGUGGUAAGUGUAAUAUGUGCUAAAUGAUUUCUAAGGAACAUAUUUUUAUACAUCCUACUCUGAAAUACAAAUUUGAACCUAGGUUUUUUGCUUCUUGCAAUGAUAUGAAUCUUAUAUACUUGGCGAAUUGUGAACAAUGUCAUGCUUUUUAUGUAGGCAUGACUACCAGGAGGUUAAUAGAUAGGAUAUACAACCACAUCUAUGAUAUUAAGAAACUUGAUCAGAAAAAUGCAUUAGCAAAACACGCCUUAGUACAUAAAUGUCACAACUUUAAGUUUAGGGUACUUCAAAUAGUACCCCUUAACAAGAGAAAGGGCAACAAUUUUAAUGAUCUAGAGAGUAUAGAACUCAAAUGGAUUUUAAAACUAAGAGCACAUCAAGACCCCGGUCUUAAUCAGUUCAUUAGCAUAAAA